AUGCUAUCUUGUCAGUUAAACCAAAAUAGUGUUUAUACUAUCAAGUUAACAUUGGCAUUUUCUUCUCUUUCUAUUUCACUCUUUUCUUUUUUGCCUACCAUUUCUCUCAUUCUUUCUUUCUAUUUUAAUCUUCAUUUCCAAAUUCUUUUAUUGUUUCCCUCCUUUCUUUUUCCUUUCAUGCUUCCUUUUCUUCUAUCUCUUCUUUUUCAUUUCCUUUCAGGAAUUUUUCCUUUUUCCAUGCUUUCUUUCCUUUUUUUUCAUAUCAUUUCAUACUUUCUUUCUGCUUUUUCAAUUCCUUUCAUUCUUUUUCUUCAACUUUUUCAUUUCCUUUCAUGUUUUCUUUUCUUCUUUGUUUUCUUUUUCCAUAUCCUUACAUACUUUCUUUCUUUUUUCACUUCCUUUCAAUCUUUCUUUCCCCUUUCUUCUUUUUCACUUUAUUUCAUGCUUUCCUUUCAUCUUCUUUUUUCAUAUCCUUAUAUAUUUUCUUCCUUCUUUUUCACUUCAUUUCAUUCUUUCUUUCCUUUUUUUUAUUCUUUCUUUCCUUUUCCUUCUUUCCUUUUUCUUUUCAUGCUUUCUUCCUUUCUUUUUCACUUCCUUUUAUUAUUUAUUUUCUCUCAUUUUACUAACACUUUUCCUUCUCUAAUGUCUUGUCCUCGAUUUUGUCUUGCUUUUCCUCAAAAGCAGCUGAACAUUUGA